GCCAUGAGCAACCAGUCUCUGGUGACGGAGUUCAUCCUGCGGGGCUUCUCCGUGCCGCCCCCACUGCAGACCCUCCUCUUCGUUCUCUUCCUCUCCCUCUACACCGUGGCUCUCUGCGGCAACUCCCUCAUCGUGGCGGCCAUCGCUGCCAGCGCGGGGCUCCACACCCCCAUGUACUUCUUCCUGGUCAACUUGGCUGUCUUUGACGUCAUCUGUGCGUGCACGGUGGUGCCCAAGCUGCUGGCGAUCCUGGUGGCAGAGAAGAGAAGCAUCUCCUACUGGGGCUGCAUGGUCCAGAUGUACUUCCUGUCCUGGUCAGUGGCGGGGGAGGUCCUGCUCUUCACGGCCAUGGCCUACGACCGCUACGUGGCCAUCUGCCAGCCGCUGCACUACAGCUCCAUGAUGAGCCCCAGGGUGUGCGUGGGGCUGGCCGGGGCCGUGUGGGGCAUCAGUGUGUUCGGUGCCGGGGUCAACGCCUGCCUGGUGCUGCGCUUGACCUUCUGUGGGCCCAACGUGGUGGACCACUUCUUCUGCGAGAUCCCCCCUGUGCUGCUGCUUUCCUGCUCCCCCACGUACCUGAACGACAUCAUGUCACUCAUGGCUGACAUCUUCUUCGCGGUGUUGAAUUUCGCGUUCACCGUGGUGUCCUAUGGUGUCAUCAUCUCCUCCAUCCUGAAGAUCCGCACGGCCGAGGGCAAGCGGCGCGCCUUCUCCACCUGCUCCUCCCACCUCCUCGCGGUCACCUUGUACUACUCCACCAUCAUCUACACCUACCUGAGCCCCGGCUCCAGCUACUCCCCCGAGACUGGCAAGGUGGUGGCUGUGCUUUACUCCUCCGUGAGCCCCAGCUUGAACCCGCUCAUCUACACGCUGAGGAACAAGGACUUCAAGGCCGCCCUCAAGAAAGUCUUGACAUUUUUAGCAGAAAAACUGUAA